AUUGAUGUGUGUUUUGCCUAAUGUCUAAUUGUUUUAAGUAUAUUUAUAAUACUUUUUUUUAUUCCGUGUGAUGUGUUUUCAUGUAAGAAAUAUAUCUUGCAUCAUGUUUAGUCUGUUUGGUUGCAUAACAUUGCAAACGAAACGGACUGGACGGAAGUUGUGAUCAUUUAAGUUACAAAUAAAAUGAAAUUACUAACAGCAUUUGUGUAAUGCAUUUUAGUUAUCUAUUAAAAUGUGUAAAACAGACACGUUUUGAUUAAAUCAUUCGAGACCAGCAUUUAAACACAGUGGAGUAUUUCCAGUUCGAACUUUCAAAUCUGAAUUGAAGAUAAAAUGGGUGAGACCUGUGAAAAUUCCAUGUAUAGAUCCAGUGAAAUCUGGGGAUCAGAAACCUUUACCAAACAUUGACAUGAAAAGUGUGCCUCCUAGUUUGGCAGAAUCAGAAGAGUUCAAGAAUGCCAGCGAAUCAGUAAAAAGAUUGUUUACUUUAGAAUUUUCUCGAAGAAGCACAUCAAUGGAUGUUGUACGAAGGGAUAUGGUUAAAUCUGUGAGGAGGCAUCAAUCUGAUUGGGGGUCUUUCGAAUGCACCAUUGCUCAUAUGACAGCUGUAAUCAGAAACUUUCAAGAUGCUGUGUCAAAAAACCGCCAGAAUAAGAGAAUGAAGGUGCAGUUGAAAGAGCUAAUAGAUAAACGGAAAAAAUACCUCAAGUAUUUGAGAAAAUCAGAUUAUAAAAGAUUUGAAUGGUUAUUGGAAAAGUUGGAUUUACAGUAUCGACCACCUCCCAGCAAUUUCCAUAUGAUAACACGGAAAGAAUCACUUCAGAAACUUGCUGACAAAUAUUGUGAAGAUUUAAAACAAGAACGUCUUAAAGCCUACAAAGAUCAGUUAGAAUCACAAAAAAUAGAUUUUCUGACAGAAAAGGUGAAAAAACUCAAAUGGAUUAUAGAAGAAGAAAAAGCAUGUGCUGUCACUCCAUCAGUGACACAAGAUGAAAUUGACAAAGUAGUAUCUCAAUUAGAGAAUCUAAAAAUGAAAAAAGAAAUGGUGAAAGAAACUGUAAACUGAUGUUUCAUAUCUUAUUCUGUUGGUGUAAAACAAUGCGAUUUAAGAAUUUGUUGCAGAUAAAAUUAAUUAUAGAAAUCAUCCUGUUGUGCAGUGAAAUUACCUUUGUCCAAUGCUUCGUUCUCUUUUAAAAUAGUGAUAACUAAAACUUUUUUUCUUAGCAACAGGUUACCUCAAAAUUUUGCAUUUUUAGAAAAGCUCAAACGCCAUUUUCUCAAAAGCGGCUACAAUUUUUUUCUUCUAACUUUUCGAAAGGAUAGUGUUAGUUGCACUCUUUAAUAUGACGUAAAGUUUAUUUCGGGGUAUGUUUUUAUUUUUUCAAGUCACACAAAUGUAUUUUUUUUAACGAUCUCUCAUGCCAGUAAUUUGCACAUUUCGAGCAAUUUGUUAACCCUGUUGUAUUUGUGAGUUAUAGUGAUUCAAAUGAUUUCUAAUGAAA